UGCUUGCGUGUAAGGUGGGCGGCUCAACCAUGAGGGGGGCUGGAUUAUCCGGAUCGGGCGAGGGAAGGUUGCGUAAUCCCUUGAAGUAUUGGUCUUGACGGGAAGAAAACAAAUAUCAGAGUUCCGCAAAGAGCAAUACGACUUCUAAUACAGUCAGAUGAAAGUUUUGUCCCAAACGACGUGAAUUGGAUUUCGAAACAGGUUAUGAAUAAGAAGAAAGGAUGUGGGGGAUAGUGGAUGCACAAUCACCGAUGGCUUUGCAAUUGCUGUUGCAUCGAUACAGGUGGAGGUGGGGCGCGGUGAGUCAACGGCUUAAUGUCCAUAAAAAUGAGGCAGGCGUCAUAAAGAUUCGCUGCAACAUUAUGGCUCGAGUAUUUCCAGUCAGGAUGAUUAACGAUGAGGUCGACGAGCCCUGUGUCUGCCCCGCACCAGAAAGAAACGGUCUUCCAGAGGCCAUGUACUGGGCUGCGCGUAACGGAGACACGGAUAAGGUUAAAUCGUGGCUCGAAGGAGGAGGCGAUGUCAACGCAGCGGAUCACGAAGGAGACACGAUGCUGCGAGGGGCGUGUCGUGGCGGCCAGACCGCAGUGCUUAUGAUACUCCUGAAGAACGAGGACUUGCACCUUAACGUCAGGGACAGUGACGGACGAACGCCCUUGAUGAAAGCUGCCAGACGGGGACACGAUACGACAGUUCGUAUGAUGUGCGCCGCGAAGUUGAAGUGCAAGCUAGACUACACAGCGCAAGAUAACAAGGGAAACACAGCCUCCUCACUAGCUUUACAGAAUUCUUUUAAAGAAGUAUGUCGCCUCCUGUCACAAGGAUGCCAGGGGACUCUUCCAGCGCAGGACACCGCAGCGGGAUCAGCAGCGCCCAAGAAGAAGAAGAAACACCAGAAAAAGAAGGAGAAGAACCUUGCUGAUGCCUUGAAUAUGGGCAGAGUACGAAUCCAGAGUUCCUCAAGCGACGAAGCAGAAACAGAGACAAUGUUGGUGAACACAAGUCCGCCAGUCCAGGCCACGGAAUCGCAGCACGGAAUCGCAGUUCGUGAAAAUGUUUACAUCAGAAAGUCCGACCGCCGUGGCCGUGUUUGCAUAUUUAACUAUAAGCAAUUUUCCUCAAGACAAGAUUUACUUAGAAAAGGAUCAGAGCAUGACUUUGUGAACCUUGAAAAGUUGUUCACUAGCCUUAAUUAUGAAGUUCAAGGCUACUGGAAUUUGGGUAAAGAUCAAACCUUAGAAACCCUUACACAGUUUGCCCAACACGAACAAUUUAUUUCAGCAGAUUGUGCAAUCAUUAUCAUCAUGAGCCAUGGAGAGAAAGGACCGAUUUUUAAGACCUCUGAUAUGCAAGAUAUAUCGGUUUCUACAGUUUUUAAUAUAUUCCUGGACAAAAAUUGUCCGCACCUGAAAGGAAAACCUAAGAUAUCUCUUCAAUUUUGUCGGGGAAUAGAUCGACAUGAGUCCCCAGGCUUGUCAACAGACACCGUUACAGAGCCACCCCGUGAUAUGUUGUGCGUUUAUUCCACAACUGAAUCCUUUGUUUCUUACAGAGAUACUGAAAGAGGGUGUCCGUUUGUCACUACAAUGUGCGAUGUUAUUGCUAAAUAUUCUUCGACACUGGAUUUAGAAGCUUUACUCAGGAAAUUUAAUGAGUUAUAUAUGCCCAAUGUAACACCAGAAAUACAAAACUUUAGAUUUCAAAAGAAGUUUUACUUUUGAAUGGUAUUGGUAAUCCAUACUGCAAAAUGAUAUUUAUGAAUGCAGCUUAGUGGAUUACAAAUUAUUUAUUUUCUUACGUGUGAAGUCAGUUAAUUGAUAAUAGUUAUAAACACCGAUUUUGAACAUCAAUGUUAUUCCAUCAGUAUUUAUAGUUCUAGUAAUUUCAAGCAUAUUUUUAAAAAACAAUCUCAGAUUCACAUGCAUGGUGUAUCCCAAGACGUCAGUGUUAAGGUAGUUCCCUUUGCACACAUUAAGCUGAAUAUCCAUUACAAUAGCUCAAACUGCUUGACAAUCAUACCAGAAAAGUCCAAAAUCACUUGUUUUCCUCCAGUAACAUUCACAAAAUGUAUAAUCAUCCCAAACAAAUUUAAAUAAAGGAAAAUUGAGAAAUCUCUUAAUGUGAAAAUAUUGCACUUUAAGAGAGUAUGGACCAAGAUUCAGUAUCUCAGUGGCCUGAAACACCCAAGUACUUUUGUUUGCGAGUUCGAGCCAAUCUGAUGCUGAUAGUGAUAUAGGCCCUAACCAUUCGUAGCACAGAGGGAGGUGGUAAUAUAUUUGCAGGUCGAGACUGUCAUCCCGCAUCUGCCUGCUUCCUUAUUGUAUUGUAUUGAUUUUGUUAAGAUUGAUGGAAGAAGUGAAAGCAUAGCAUUCUGCUCAAAUUUGUCUUUGAGGUCGAGGCUUCAAGGAGAAGACAUAUUCUCCUGUAACCAAUAAACUUACCAGUAGAAAAGUGAAUUAUUUAAAGAAAUAUCAAAAUUAAAGAUUUAUUUGGAUAAAGAUGGACAUUA